ACCGCGCCGUCCUCCGCCCCCGGCGGCCGCGGGCCAGGAGGCGGGAGUGGCCGCGACAGCUGACCCGGCGCUGGCCCGGCCGCGCCCACAGCCCGCGGGACGCAGCGCGGGCCCAGAUGCGCGCGGGCAGCGCGGCCGCGAGGACGCGGGCGGAGGCCUCCGGGGCUGCCGGCCGCCGCGCCGACCGCCGCGCGCCGCGCCCGACGCCCGCCAGCAGCGCAGCGAGCCCCGCGGGACGCGCCCGGGACCCCCAGCGCCGGCGACCCAAGUGCGUCAGCAGCGAUGGCGGGCGAGGGGCGGUGGGCGGGGCCGGGGCCGGAAGCCCGGGGGGAGGUCCGCGUCGCCACGCCCCGACCUCCUCUGCGCCGCGCCGCCGCGCAGCCGGGCGCCGGCAGUGACGCACUUCCGGCCGCGCCGGCCUCCCCGGCGCCCCGCCCCGCCCGGCGGGAAGUGAGGUUCUCGGACGCGCCGCCGGAAGUGUACGGCGACGACGACGAGCCGCCGGGGGGCGGCGGGGAUUGGCUUCCGGGCGGAACGCGAAGCCCGCGAGAAGAGUUCCGGGCCGAGGCCGCGCCGGAGCCAGUGCCCGAGAGCACCUAUUACCUGCGCUCGCUGCGGAGCCCGCCGCGACCCCCGGAGCCCGCCGAGAUGACGACGCGCCGGGUCACCCGCCGGCAGCAGCAGCAGCCGCUGACCUCGGCCCCGGCUCGCAGGGGGCUCCGGGACUCCCGCUUCUCCGACGAGGACGAGCCAUCUCCACAACGUGCGUUAAGCCCAAGAGGCACAAGGAAAAGUAUGAGGUCGCCCAAGGAGGUUCCGGUUUUGAUUGACGAUCCCAUCUCUGAGCUCCGAAGACCCCCGCUAAGGAGUCCGAGACUUGGUUCGCCUUUCAAACCAAACGGAAAUUCUAACCCCAGUGAACUAGAAGCCGCCAGCGCCCAGCAGGGGCCCAGUUCUCCUGAAGGCGACGAGGAGGAGGAGGAGGAGGAAGAGGCUGAGGAGGAGGAGGAAGAACCGGAAAGCUCCGACAGUGAGGCCUCGUCACCCCAGCUCCGUUCAAGGGAGGCUCUGGAAUCUGCAGACCCGAUCCCCAGAUCAAGUCACUAUGCAGAUCGGCAGUCAUCACAGUAUCAAGACUUUACAACCCGUGAUCAUCAACCUUCGGGGCUGAGCUCAGGAUAUCCAAAAGUAUCUCAGGAAUGGAACGAACGGAUUGGAGGGAUAAGAUCGCGGAGGCCAAUAUCUUCAGGAAGCAAGAGUUCCGUGCCUGGCGGUUUUUCGGACGAUGACAGCCUGCGGAAGCCAGAGCUCAGGAACCAGCGCCCGCCGAGCGCCGCCCAGCAAGCACCCAGGCCACCCAAAGCGCCAUCCUCGCCGCCCAAAGAGUCGUCCUGGCCGGGUCCUUGUUCCUGGCCGCUGCUGCUGCUGCUGGCGGUGGUGGCCGGCGUCGCCCUGUACCUGAUGGGGCCCAGCGGGUCCCCCGCGGCGGACAGCCCGGACGUCCAGGUGUUCCAGAGUCAGAUGCAGCAGCUGCGGCAGCGCUACCGUGGGCAGGACGAGAAGCUCUGGCGACGCAGCGCGGCGUUGCUGGAGAAACACCUCAACGGCUCCCGGCCGCGGCCGCAACCUGCCAUCCUGCUGCUGGCGGCCGCCCGCGACGCCGAGGACGUCCUGCACUGCUUGGGCGAGCACAUCGCCGACGCCUACGCCGCCUCGCUGGACCACCGCGCCCCGGCCAUCCGCAUCGACGGCGCGGGGCUGGCGUCCCGGGACAGCGGCGCGGCCAAGCUGCAGGUGGACGAGGCGCUGAGCCGCGGCUUCGAGGGCGGCCGGGCGGCGGCCGUGGUCCACCGGUUCGAGUCCCUGCCGGCCGGCGCCACCCUCAUCUUCUACAAGUACUGCGACCACGAGCACGCGGCCUUCAAGGACGUGGCGCUGGUGCUCACCGUCCUGCUGGAGGACAAGACGCUGGGCGCCAGCCCCGACCUCAAGCACGUCGAGGAGAAGGUGCGCGACUUCCUGCGGGUCAAGUUCAUCGAGGUCGGCGCCCCCAGCGGGCACGACCGCAUGGACGCCGACAAGCUGAGCGGUCUCUGGAGUCGCAUCUCCCACCUGGUGCUGCCCGUGCAGCCCGAGCGGUCCCAGAAGCGGGGCAGCUGCUUGUGACCGGCCCCGGGUUCAAGGCCCGGCUGGCCUUCCCCCCACCCCCACCCCGGCGCCGCUCUGCGGAGGAACGGGUUUCUUUCCCAGGAGAGUCGGCUUCCACGGCCAACACGACUCGUGGCCCAUCCCGCGUGCGGCCUCGUUUGUCGGACCCCUGAGCGCGGCCAGGGGGAUCCCCCCGGGUGGGUCUGGACCUCAGGGUCUGGAUCUUUGCUGCACCCCACUUUCUGUGUGCUGUUUUGUGUGUCUGCAGCUUGGGCUUUCACAGGGCAGGGGUCUCCCUGGUGGCGGCGGCGGCUUCUGUCCUGAGCCGCUUACGUGGGCAGCGACCCACGUCACCUGGGCUCAGGCACGACAGGGCGUCCGUCCUGGGGUUGUGGUAAGGAUGGUCUCUGUGGGGUGUUUCGGGUUUUUUCUUUCCCCCACCCCUCCCCGCUUUGUUUUUGGAGUCGUAGGCAAGGAGGCGGCCCUGGGCAGAGCGAGACACUGUGAAAAUGAAUGACAGGAAGAUUUGUCACCGCAGAAUGUUUUAAUCAGACCAGGCCAGACUGCUGCCACCGUGGGGAAGAUGCUGGCCUUGUAUGCCACCAACCCCGGUGCAGAUACCCGGCACUGUAGAGGGUUCUCCUUGGACACCGCUCACACUCACGCCCGAGCACAGAGCCAGGAGUAACCCCUGAGCACCGCAGGGCGAGCACCCACACAUAUGCACACACCGACCAGGAAACCGGGUGCAUGGAGCCACUUCCGGAAUGUGCUUUUCACACGCUCUUUGCCUUUAAAGAAACGGUGAGGGGAGGGGUGGGGAGUGUUUCGGAAGCUUUUUUCGUCCUUGCCACUUUGAUGCUGAAGCCCCCGUGAAUCCUGAGUAGUUGCUCACGGGUGUACCCCAAAGUCUUGGUUGUGACUGAGGAACCGUAAUUUAGGCAACUGCAAACCGUUGGUGUAACCAGCCCUUGAGAAAGGUUGAUGUGCUCCGUGCCCAUCUGUUCUCUCUGUAGCCUCUUCAUAAUGCUCUCGCAAGGGGUACAAAGAUCGGCCAAGUACACCGAAUUCCAUGUGAUUUGAGUUCCUCGGGCUCCACCCGGCCCCCGUUGGCUUCGUGUUGAAAUGUUCUGUGGGGCCGAAGCGAUAGCACAGCGGGGAGGGCGUUUCCCUUGCACGCGGCCGACCCGAGUUCAAUCCCCAGCAUCCCAUAAGGUCCCCCGAGCACCGCCAGGAGUGAUUCCUGAGUGCAGAGCCAGGAGGAACCUCUGAGCAUUGCUGGGUGGGACCCAAAAAGCCAAAAAAAAACAAAAGCUAUAUGCUUUGACAGGGCUCAUCUGUGCUCUGCUCUGCAAUUCGUAGACCCUUCAAAUUCUCAAGGCACAUUUCUUUUUCUUUUUUUUUUUAAGUUAUCAGCUAACUUCUAUGUGAAAUACUGUUUUCAGAGAACUAGAGCUAGUCUGAGGGUUUCCGCCUUUGUCUUUUUUGUCUCUUGGCUCUGCUCAGGGCUGACUCCUGGCUCUGUGCUCACGACCAACUCCUGGCUCUGUGCUCACGGUUGACUCCCAGCUGUGCUUGUUCCAGAGCUGACGGUAAAUGAGGUGUUUGCAAACUUCGCGCCCUGGAUUGUUCUUGGUUCCUGGUCUUAUUUACAGAGCAUUCUAAAAAGAAUUUCGAAGAAUUUAUUUUAUAUAUUAUGUACAUUAUCUUUGGAGAAAUGUUUUUAUUAAAUGUUUCAUUGACCAAAAUAAGACCAAAAUAAUUUGAAAAUAAUCAAUGUUAUAUCUCUCAGAAAAAAGAAUUAUAAUUUCUCAUCUCUCUAGAAAUACCUUUUGAAAGCUAUUUUAGUAAUUUAAAUAAAUUUACUUUUUUGGUUUGUAC